AAUCGCAGGCAAGGACGAGUGCAGUUAAAGCCGCAAGGGAAUCAAAUAUUGAACAGCUUUGCGUGUGCUCCAACGGGCCUAGCGAUGAUCUUAACUUAGAUCUAGCUAUCAAAUCUAAUGAAACUAGCUCUAGAAUCCACUCUUUGCAACUUGCAGUGCUAUCGUUGAAUGUUCAGCAAGUGGUUCCCUUGAAAUCGUUGCCUACAAGAAGCUUGAUUCCGCUUGGUGAUCCAUACGAUACGUUAGCAGGGGAAAUGGCUAGUUUUUUUUUUUUUUUUUUUUUUUGGAGAGAGUUUUCAGGCGAGGAUUUCGUUAGAGAAGUCUCGUAGCUUCACGUGAGGAAUUUUUGGGUUAGUGAUGUGUCGAUAAUAGCCUUUGUGUGUGUGUGGAAUCUGGCAAACUAUUGGAGGCUCAUGCACUUGUGAGAUGCCGUUGUAGGGGACGAGGGGAACCUGAUGGUUGAGCUCUCAAGGUGGCGGAAGCAGAAGAGGGUGGUGACAUUCUCGAAUUUUUGGUGGUUUGUUUUGUAAGGUGGAGACUAGGGACUUGAGUGGGUGCUUAGGGGUCGGUUGAAGGGGGUGUUGGUGAUUGGUUCGUUGGGUUGAAUUUGGCUUCAAGGAAGUUUGAGGGGCAGAGUCAGGGCAAGCCCUGCCUCAGCCGGUUGGGAGUUAUGACGUGCAAGGAAAGUUAAAUUGCGAAGGAGAAGAAGGUUGUGGGCUUCGUUUUUGCGUUUGUGUGCUAGAAUAUAUACAUAAAUAUUUAUUUCUCCAUGUGCCUCUUCCUGUGGACGAUCCACAUUGUUGCCCAGAUCCCUGCAUUUUUGCGUCGUCUUCACAUCGUGGAAACAAGAUGAAGACCUCUGUCUGUGCGUCUGCUCUUCUGUGCGUCAUUCUUGUACAAUGUGUUGCGACGGGUGGGACGCGUAUCUCAGGCAUCGAGUUGCCGCAUCGACGCCACGGAAAUCCCCAGGAGGUGCCUUCACAGAACAGACCGUUAAUUGGAAUUUUGUCGCAGCCCGGUGAUGGAAUGGGAUACUCGCUUACAAGCACGGGUGGCUUGGAGAAGCCAGUGCCUCCUGGAUACUCAACAUCCUACAUCGCUGCUUCUUACGUGAAGUUCGUGGAGAUGGGGGGAGCUCGAGCUGUUCCACUAAUUUGGAAUGAGCCCGAGGAAACUCUGAGAAAGAAAUUUUCCGCCAUCAAUGGAAUAUUGUUCCCUGGAGGUGGCACCAGCUUGAAGGACAGCCCUUUCUUCCGUGUUGCUGACAAGCUCUUCAAUUGGGCUAUUGAAGCAAAUGACCGCGGUGACCACUUCCCCAUCUAUGGCGUCUGCCUUGGAUUUGAACUUUUGAGUGUAAUUGUGAGCAAGAAUCAUGAUAUCUUGGAGCCGUUUCAUGCUGAAAACAAUCCUGGUCCACUGCUCUUCGUUGGCGACUCUGCUAAGCACGAGGGCAUGUUUAAGUGGAUUCCACUUAAUAUCAUUGACGAGCUCUAUGAGCAGAAGCUUACGAUGCAAAAUCACAAGUGGGGCCUGUCUCCUGAAAAAUGGAUUUCUACUCCUGAACUGAACGAUUUCUUCCAAAUUCUCACUGUCACCCCUGAUCUAAACGAAAAACUGUACGUUUCUACUGUGGAGGCUCGAGAGUAUCCCAUUCUAGGCGUGCAGUGGCAUCCCGAGAAAAAUGCUUUUGAGUGGGGCAUUGACAACAUCCCUCACAGUGCAGACGCCAUUCGGAUCACACAAAGCGUUGCCAACUUCCUCAUUGCCGAGGCGCGGAAAUCGACCCACACACCCAGUUCUUUUAAGGAAGAGCAGGAUUUCUUAAUUUACAACCACGCUCCUGUUUACACUGGCAAAGAAGGGAAGGGCACUUUCGAUCAGGCUUACGUCUUCAACUGAACCAAAUCUUCAUCAAUAUUGUGGAACAAUUGUAUUCUCCUUUGUAAUUUGUCGUCAUUUUAUGGAGUUGGCUCAGCAGCGUAGGGCUCCACCUCAUUGUAUUUGUUCCGCAGAAAGAUAAAUUAGUAGUCAAUUAGGGAUAUUGCAGAAUGUAAUCGUUAGUAUCUGUAAAUACUAAGAGAUAUACAUUCUCUUCUCUUUAGAGUCAUGGCGGAUUCAAUUAAGAAGUUGGAUUUUGAGUAUAUUUAAUAGGUUCGUAAGGUAACGAUUAGAUUUAAUUGGGUUGAUGCAAUUAUUUAGAAGGCUUUACAAACCUUCAUGUCUUUAUGAUUCAAUUUCAUUCUUUCAAUGCGUUGUAAACAUUGGAACUUGGAAUAUUUUUUUCAUUACUUGGUAA